AUGACGAGAGAGGAUGAUUUAUACCGCGCGUUAGGUUUGGAAAGGACGGCGAGCCAGGAGGAGAUCAGGAAGGCGUAUAAAACUACAGCUUUAAAGAACCAUCCGGACAAGAACUCUGGUAACAUCGAGGCGACGGAGAAGUUCAAGACCGCCGCGGCCGCGUACGAGAUAUUAUCGGAUGAAAAGAAAAGAAUAAAAUACGACGCGUUUGGGAUUGCCUAUUUCCGAGAAGGAGGAGGAGGAUCGGACGAGAAUAGAUAUAGCAAUAAUGAUAACGAUCAAGGGAGGAGAGAACAACAGCACAGACCUUCGUCGUCGUUCCGAACGCCUCGAUCGUACGAGUUCGGGAACUGGGCCAGAGGCGGGUUCUUUCGGGACCCUUUGGACGUUUUUCGAGAGUUCUUCGAGGAAGUGUCGCCGUCGAACGAGCACGGGACGCACAGACCGUCGGAGUUUUUCCCGAAUAUGUUUUUAGGGAGAGAUCCGUUCGGCUUCGACGAGUUUGGUCGGUUACGAGAGGAGAGACGGUCGCUGUUCUCGGACGAGUCCAUGAAGAGAAACGGGUGGAAGGAGAAAGCCGGGACGAGCUCGUCGACGAGAAAAAGCGAGUACGUGUUCAGCGCAAACGGAGAAACGGUGAAGAAAACGAUAGAAACGGAAACCGUCGUCGGUGAAGAUGGGGUGGCGAAAACAAAAACGGUGGAAACAGUAACUCACCCGGACGGGCGCGAAGAGAAGACGGAACACGAAGAGUUGGGGCCGCCGCCGAGCUCGAUGAACAGACCUUUGGAAAUCCCGUCGUUUCUUACCAGUCCGAGUCGCGGCUCGCUGAUUCCAGGCACUCGACCCGGAUCUCGACGAUGGUAA